AUGGCAAAGACAGAGGGGUUGGUGAGAGCGAAAACUAGGGUUGUAUUUGUCCCGGAUCAAACCCUAGCGUCUCUCCGCCGUAGCCCGCUUCGCUCCCACCGCGACCAUGUCUAGAAGGAAGACCAGGGAGCCCAAAGAGGAAAAUGUGACACUUGGACCAACAGUGCGAGAAGGAGAGCAUGUGUUUGGUGUCGCUCACAUAUUUGCGUCAUUCAAUGAUACUUUCAUUCAUGUUACUGAUCUAUCUGGGAGAGAAACAAUGGUUCGCAUCACUGGUGGCAUGAAGGUUAAAGCUGAUAGGGAUGAAUCAUCUCCUUAUGCAGCCAUGCUUGCAGCACAAGAUGUUGCCCAGCGGUGCAAGGAAUUGGGCAUUACUGCUCUGCAUAUUAAGCUUCGAGCCACUGGUGGAAACAAGACAAAGACUCCUGGUCCUGGUGCUCAGUCUGCCCUUAGAGCCUUGGCUCGUUCUGGAAUGAAAAUUGGGCGUAUUGAGGACGUGACCCCCAUCCCUACAGACAGCACCCGCAGAAAGGGUGGGAGAAGAGGGAGGAGGCUGUAACUCCUUUUCACCUUUAUUACAGAGUAGCAAAAGUUCUCUGCCACUGGCUGGGCAAUUGCUUUUAGAUUUUGGGAUCAGUUUUGUAGUUUCUUGUUGCGUAUCUGGUUGAAUGAUGAUUUAGUUGAUGAAAUGAUUUCGGAUUAUCAAGUGACACUAUCGAGAUAUAUUUAGACCUGUUGCUAUUUGUUUUAUCAUCAUUGGAGAAUCUAAUGAACGUUAUGAGCUUGUUUAA